AAUAGUUGAUCAUUUCGAUCAUCUAUGUUAAUCAUCACUACCCCUGUACAAAUGUCAUUAGUUUUAAAAGGUUGUUUUUGUCUUGUCUGGUAGGCUACGGGAAAAGGCAGCAGCCGUAGUUCCGCACUCUGUCCGCUAGGCGGCUGUGUGGCUCUUUGUUCCCUCACGCGCAUAUUGUGGUUGUGACAGAUUUUUCCCAUCUCUUAGAUUCAUCCCAUACACAACAACACAUCGCUAGUUCUCUUUCUGUGCGGUUUCACACGCUGGGACAUAAGCGCACCGAACGAGACCGAGCCAGUGUCGACGGAGACGAUGCCUGUCCAUCAACACGGUGUAAUAAAGCCCCUGAACAUGAAUAAAUAGUCGUUAUUUUUAAGGAUAUAUUAGGAGGAAUACGGGACAGUUUGGGACCGUGUGCUGGGGAAGCCUGCUGCUUCUGUUCACCUACCCCCAAACGGAGCUAAUGGGGGAACACUGCCAUGCAACACGUUUCAAAUUAACCGCUUGAUUCCAGACAAUCUACUUCCUUGGUGCCAGCGAUUCCAUACUGUCGCGUUGGAUGCAGCUUAACAAGCUGAGGAAGAGAAAGAAACCGUUUCCCUCUCUCCAGCGGACUAGAUCUCUCUCGCAAUGAGAAAGAUAAUUUGAUUAGCCGCAGAACAAAGCGAGGCGUCACGUAAAAGUGAAACAAAGUUGAGAGACUCAAGCCGGAAUCAAGACCCCAACGCCAACGUUUUCCACGUGGCGUCGUCGGGCGGGAGGCGAACGGGCUCCCGUAGGAUGACCAGCCUUUUCCGCCGCAGCAGCAGUAAUGGAGGAUCUCGGGGGGGCUCGACAGCGGGGGAGCUCAACAACUCCAGGCCCAACCGACAAGUUAGGCGCCUGGAGUUCAGUCAGGCCAUGGAGGACUUUAAAACCAUGUUCCCCACCAUGGAUUAUGAGGUCAUCGAAUGUGUUCUCCGUUCCAACAAUGGAGCUGUGGAUGCCACCAUCGACCAGCUCCUGCAGAUGAGCAUUGACGGGCAGGGCUCGGAUGACAGCUCGGAUUCAGACGACAGCAUCCCGCCAGAGAUUCUUGAGCGGACCCUUGAGCCAGACAGCUCCGAUGAAGAGCCACCCCCUGUCUACUCCCCACCGACAUAUGACAUGCACAUAUACGACAGGAAAUAUCCCGAUGCUCCACCUGUUCCUCCACCCAGAUUUGAGGCCCAGCCUCCUCCCGGACAUACUCAAGUACGAGGUUAUAAAAACUGGAACCCACCGUUACUUGGAAAUUUACCAGAUGACUUCCUGCGAAUUCUGCCGCAGCAAUUAGACAGUAUACAGGGGUCUCAGAGCAGCAUCUCUGAGUCCUCCUCCUCUUCCUCAGUACCCCUGAAAGGCCCUUCUGUGGCGGUCGCAUCAGGAUCAGGCGGAGCUUCAGAGCAGGAACGCAAACUGAAGCAAUAUUUGGAAGACGAGCGCAUCGCUCUUUUUCUGCAGAAUGAGGAAUUCAUGAAGGAGCUGCAGAGGAACCGAGAGUUCCUUAUUGCUUUAGAAAGAGAUCGAUUGAAAUAUGAAUCAAAGAAAACCAAAUCCAGUCAUUCAUCAUCUGGCAUGGAGAACUCCACAGGUAACCACUACGCUUCUGGAUCCGUCGAGGCUUGCACAGCGGUUUCUGACGAUGCUUUGUUCAGAGACAAGCUAAAGCACAUGGGCAAAUCAACCAGAAAGAAGCUGUUUGAAAUCGCCAGAGGGUUCUCAGAGAAGACAAAGCGCAGAAAGUCUAAAAGAAGAACACUUCUGCGGCAUCAGUCUUUGGGCACAGCCAACUCCACUGCCAACCUCCUCGAUGAUGUAGAAGGAAACCCAUGUGAUGAAGAAAGUCAACUUAAACGAUUGGGUGCUCAGGAAGAAGAGGAGCCACAUAAGGAACCACUAUCAUGAUGACACUGUGCAAUUGGGAAAUUAGGGUUUCCAUGGUGACCUCAGCAUAACUCAUAGCUGAUGGCUUCUUAUCUCAGUGUCUCUAGUGAUUAGCUCGGUGCCGAGCAAUCCCGACUGGAGCAACAGCCUCCCCCAGAUAGGCUGAAACAGGACUGUAUGAUCAUUUUGUAGCAGACUUUUGCUAGCCUACGAUUAUCGUUACCUGCAUUUGAUUACUAUUAUAAUUAUUGUAAUGUAACUGUUUGUUAGUAAUAGAUUUCAUAUGUAAAACAGAACAGAGACUGAUUUGCAGCUAUUUUCUUUUGAAAUCUCACGAAUCCGAAUCAGCUGGAUUCCUGUUUUUGUUCAAUAUAAUUUUCUUUAAAAAAUGCACCCCCACUUAUGUACGAUUUUGGGAUGUGUUGACUUUGUAUUUGCUUAUUAACGUCCAUUUUCUAAAAUGUUGAGUGUUGAUGUUUCAGCUCAUUGGUAUUUCCCGACUUCCUAAUGGACCAUUAUACUAAUCUGCACAUUAAACGUCGAAAGCAUUUCCACAUUGAAUGUACCCCAGAAUAGAAUGUUCAUUGCCAACUCCGACAAAAAACGUUCUCUUCCUUAUCUUUGCUUUAAGGAACACUAUUGUUCAGGUCUCUGUUUAGUCUAGGCUUGAAUUAAGGGUGCUGAAUAGUCUGUUCCCUUUUGUGUAAUACAUUUGUGUACAAUUUAAUGAUAACACAUACAGCAUUACGUCAAAUGCGACACCCUUUUGGUACCCAAAGUGUCCACCUGCCAAGUAAAGCAGUACACAUUGUGUAUAGCUGUACACCUUUUGCGAUGCCAAAAGUCAACUUCACUCAUUUUUUACACAAGAAAAAGAGAGGACUGCUCGUCAUUUCUGCACUGCCAUGUCUGUUUUCAAUAAUAUUGGAAAUAUCCCAGUGUGUCUUGUUGAAAGUGGGUAGAUUGUUUGAGCCAGCACAUAUGUUUCAUCACGUUUUUCAGUUAUCUUAGAAAUGAUUAGAACGUUUUGUGGCGUUAAAGAACGAGCAGAGAACAAUUUGAGUAAUGCUUCCCUUGAACCAACCAAAAGCUGCUGUGUGGUAUCCUUUUUAGUAAAUCACACCAAAUGACGCUGUGCUUCCAGUAGGUCACAUGACAAUGUCAUCAGAUCAGGGGUCUUACUGUGAUCCACCAAUAAGAACGUACCAUCAUGGUCUUUUCCAUGUUGCAUCCAAGUAUUGAUUUUGUACUUAUUGUAUUGGAGGAUACCAGUGAUGUCUUGUUUGUUUUUUAUGUAAGUCAGCGUUUUGUUCAACAAGUCACAAACCUUAAAGUCACUGUAUUGCAUGUGCCAAGGCAGAAGGAUUUGAUCGUGUGUUGGUUCAACCAUGUUCCUGAUGCUAAGCCAUAGUUUUGAUCACAAUUAUGAUGAAGUGCAUUGUUACGAAAUCAUGAUAAUGUUUUUGAAAGCGCUGUAUGCAUUUGUUCAUGAUGUGUUGAUUAUAUAGAUAGCCGUAGGCACAGAGAAGACUUACAGCCUAAAUCUCAUCCACAUAACUUGAGUGUGCUGUGACGUUUUAAUAGCCAGUAUGAUUUAUGGUGAUGAAAUACAAUGACGCCAUACACAUCUGCUUGUUUUUAAGGGAUGGCACAGUAAAGCAAGUAGGAUUUAUUGUAACGCUCGCUGUUGAUCUCCAGAGGCAGCGUUCCCAGGGUGCACUUUGUUGCUAAUGAGUCACAAAGGUUGCACCAAAGGUUUUCGUCCAUGCCGCUUGUUAACAUGUUUUAUCCUCUCAGGGAACUUGCUCUCAUUUUCUGGUAAAAGCACAACUACAACAGAACAAUCAUUAGCUGCAGAGCAGAGGAUUCAUUAAACCAGGUAGCACUGUUCUAUAUGCAUUUACAAUGACAAACUAAUCUUAACCAUAUUUUGUCACAUCAUGACGAAUUUAACAAUGGUAUGUUUAGCCAAAUAUUAUCAUUUUUUGCUUGUAUGUCCAUAUGUAUAAGGUCCUCUUGUUUCAUCCUUGAUCUUUGAAUGGCAGAAAUGAAAGAGAAGUGAGACUGAAGUAUGCGAGUCAGAUGAUUUUCAUAGCAGUUGAUGUUCUAUUUCUACUUUGUUAACAGGAAGCAACUGUAUGUUCUACGCAAAAUAUGUAAGAUGGUAUCAUUAUUUUGCUGUCCACUGAGGAAUAAGACUUAGGAUCUUAUCCCAAAAUUGUCUGUUCACAUUCAAGACUCUUUCAAGUUCCAAACUUUCUUAAGAUCCAAAUGUUUAUUAGCUAUUGAAAUUAAUAAAAGGGUUGUACUUUG